AUGCUUGGCGUAGAUUUCGAACUUGUGCCAGGCCUUGCUGCGUCACUUGAGGUCGAUGAUCCUGUGGGUGUUGACAUUGACCCGUUACUGGUCGUGCUCGUCCCGCUACUAGUAGGAGUUGUGAAAGAAGAUAAAAUUGAAGACUUUAGACCGGAAGUCAUACUAGUAGAGUUGCUGUAUGAAGAACUAAUUUGCGAGCUAGAGGGGACCACAGUGGUAGUUGAUGAAGAUGGGAUAGUGCUAAUAAUGGAAGAUUUCUCAUCUCCAGUGGUUGUGUACCUGGUGCUGGAUAGAUUCGUUGAAUCACUCAAGCUUGCCGACGUAGAACCAGUCGGCGAUCCUCGAGAUGUGGUAGAUAUUGGUGUUUUGUCCGAAGAAACCGAAAUCGAAGAGGAGCCAGAACUCAGAGAAGGCGUUGCCGGCUGA